UUUUUUUUAAAAAAAAAGUAAAUGGUCGUUUCUCACAUUCAACCUGAACUUCAUUACAAACUCAUUUCUACUUCAAAAUUAAUUAGAACGUAAGUAUACAAGCUGUGUGUUACCUAUAACAAUAACAAUUAAAAUGAAAACUAUUAGAACUCCUACAAUUGCAGUAUGGGGAGUAGCAACGGCUACUGCUUUAACAUUAUUUGCUCUUGAUGUUCCUUUGGUCAGGAAAGAUGUAUUAGGUAAAUUACCUAUGGUUGGACGUUAUUUCCCUGCUAAUGAAGUGCAUACUGAAGAAGAAUAAACUUUUUGUGCGUGUGUGUUGUUGUUAUUGUUGUCGUUUUUAAUUUCAGUUAUUAUUAAUAUUGUGUAAACAAUGCAUCCUUUUGCCUGUACAUAUAUAAAAUAAAAACCUAUUCACGCUUUCCCUUCUUUUUUUUUCCUUUUCCUUUUGUUUAAAGGAUAUUACAUAUAAAGUAUGAUUAUAUUGUCUAAAAGCAUUUUGGCAUUAUUUGUAUUGAUAAAUUUGAUUCAAUGUGAAGCUGUUGACAAAAAUGUGAAUGUUGAUAACACCUCUUCUCUUGAUGAAGCUGUUAUUGUAUCUUCUGUUAUCUAUGCCCCAGUUCCAACAGAUCAACUUUCUCUUUCAUCUGUGCAGCCAGAAAGUGCUGAAUUUAUAGCAGCAUCAAGUGAAGAACAAAAGCCUAAAUGCCACAAUUAUCGUACCGAUUUUGGAAAGAAUGUGAGAGGCUGGGAAGUUGAAAAUAAUUUACCUUAUAAUCAAAUUGGAGGUAGAGGUCCUACGUUAAAUGCAACAACGUACAUGUUGUACGGAAAAGUCUCUGCUACUCUUCGGGCUGCAUCAACAGGAGGGUCAGUCACUGCGUUUAUCUUAAUUGCAGAUAUAGGGGAUGAAAUCGAUUUUGAAUUUAUAGGUGGCGAUAACAAGCAUGUUCAGACCAAUUACUUUUGGGGGAAAACAAUUGAAUAUACAGUGAAUGGUGGUAUACAUGCAGUGGAAGGGGGCGAUGUUGAUAAAAGCUUUCACAAGUAUACAAUCGAUUGGAGACCGGAUAGAAUUACUUGGCUUGUAGAUGAUAUUAUCAUACGUACUAAAACUAAAGCUGAAACGUGUGACGGAACUGGUAUCUGUAAAUUUCCAUCUCAUCCAGCUCGUAUACAAAUUGGUUUAUGGGAUGGUAGUAUUGAAACUGGUACAGCUGAAUGGUCUAACGGUCCUAUUGAUUGGUCAAAACCGCACUCAAUUUCAGCCCAACUUAGAGAUGUACAAGUUGAAUGUGAUCCAGCAUUUAAUCAAAUAGUUACCUAAUUCUUUUAUAUAGAAAUGUUUAUAUAUAAUUAUUACUAUUUUUAAGAAAAGAAAGUUACGUAUAAAUAAUAUUAAUAACAAUAGUAUGUAUUGUUUUUUUUUUCUUUUCUAAAAUAAAAUAGGUCCUUAUUUCUAAAGCAAAUAAACUAAAACGAUCAUGUUCUUAACAUGGUUGAUGAAAAAAAAGGAGGGCAGUCCCAAAAUAUUUUUUUUUUUUUUUUUUUUUUUUUUUUU